AAGCCGCCGGCCAAGGCCGCGGCCAACGGGGGCCCGUUCGCUAUGGGCGGGCAGCUGGGCCGGGCCGAGCCGCGCCCCGCCGGGGGAGCCGGGGCCGCGCUGCCGGGCCCGAGCCGCCGCCGCGCCGCGGGGGAUCACCUGACUCCACCAACUCCCUUUGCGCUGGCUCCUCGGCGCCGGUAUCCAAUUCAGCAGGCCCAGUACUCCUCGUUGGGGGCCCUGCCCACAGUAUGCCUGGAUGGCUACCAGAGGAAAAGCCUGCUAUCUGCUCGCAACUCCAGCAUGGUGCACAGCCCGGUGACAGUGAAGAUUGCACGGCCGGACAGCAACCUGGCUCGCUCUCCACUCUUGGAGCAGCUGGUUUCGCCAAUGGCCUUGUCAUGCAAUAGCACCCUGGACCCAUGUGCAAAGGAGACUGUACUGAGUGCCCUCAAAGAGAGCAGGAAGAGGGCUGUGGAGGAGGAGGACCAGAGUUUCCCCAGUGGUCAGGAGAACAAAAGGAGACGCCAUGACAGCAGUGGCAGUGGCCAGUCUGCAUUUGAGCCUCUGGUAGCCAAUGGAGCCCCAGCUUCUCUGGUACCCAAGCCAGGCACUUUGAAGAGGGCCCUUGUUUCCCAGUGCCUAGAUGAUUGCUUGAGCAAGAGAUCGCGCACUUCUUCCAUCAGCUCCAUGAACACCACAUAUGCUGGUGGGAUUCCCAGCUCCAUCCGCAAUGCCAUCGCUAGCUCCUACAGCUCCACCCGGGGACUCUCGAAGCUGUGGAAGAGAAGUGGCCCGAGUACUUCCCCUCUCUCCAGUCCAGCAUCUUCCCGCUCUCAGACACCGGAGAGGCCUAACAAGAAAGCCAGGGAGGAGGAUCCUCACUGGUCCAGCACGUCUACCCCUGUAAAAUCUGACAAGGAGCUGCAGACAGAAAAGGCUUUGGAGACUCCUGUGCGGAAGAAGCAGAGUUCCUUGACCUCGCCGUCUGUGUCAGGGAGCAGUGGGAAACGCAAGCGGAAGAUCCAGCUGCUUUCUUCUCGCCGAGGAGACCAGCUUACCUUGCCCCCACCCCCUCAGCUGGGUUAUGCUGUCACAGCAGAGGACUUGGAUGCAGAAAAGAAGGCAGCACUGCAAUGGUUCAACAAAGUUUUGGAGGAUAAGACGGCAGUAGAUGCCACGCCAAGCACUGCUGCAGAAACCAGCCCUGCAUCUAGGCCUGUGUCAUUCACACUGACACCUACUGGGCCUACAUCUGUUUCAUCGGCCCCCCUGGUCACCGGCACUGGGUCACUCCUGGAGAGUCUGAAGAAGAUGCAGAGCAGCCAGAGUGCACUUGUGCUUUCAGAUUCAGCUGGGGCUGCAGUGACCUCUCAGCUGCCUCGGACAGUUCCCAUGGUAUUGCUGGAUUCAGGUUCACUCCCUGCAGCUGUGUCUGACGCCAAGCCUGGGCCGACAUUAAACUUGCCGGCUCCCUUGGCCCCUCCCUCCUCCACUGCCCAGCCUGCCAGCAGGGUGAGCAACCUGGCAAUUCCGGCUUCAUCUGACCUGGGCGAGACCCCCACCAAAACGCCCUCCCCCCCUAAACCCAGCAUUCUCUUUGGGAUGCUGAGUACCCCGCCCGCCAGUCAGCCUGGACCAGCAGCAGCAGCCACAGCACCCACAGCCACCCCCAUGUUCAAACCAAUCUUUGGCACCCUGCCAAAAAGCGAGAGCGUGGCGCUCUCUGCAGCUGGCACCUCUCUGGCAGUCACAGCAUCUACCAGCUCUGUGCCUCCCUCGACAGCGUCUUCCUCUGCCGCCGCCACCACCACAUUCAAGCCCGUCUUUGGGAACUUGGCAGCUGCGGCUGCACCUAUAGCAACAACGUCUCCUUUCACAUUCAAGCAGACACCUCAGCCAGCCCCAGCUGCUGAUCUGACAGCAGCUUCCACUACAGACACCACCUCCGUCUUCACCGGCCUCCCCAGUGCUGUCUUUACUACUGCAGCCACCGCUGCCAGCACACUGAGUGCCACCACUGACGCCACCACAAAGCCAGCCUUCAGCUUUGGACUUGGCGUGCCGCUCACCACCAGUGCAUCCAACAGCACAACCCUCACCGCGCCUGUCUCCACUAGAGCAACCCAUCCGUUCCUCUUCGGAGCCUCUCCAAACCCGGCCCCCAGCACAGCAGCAAGCUUCACGCCUACCGCUUCCAUCUUCCAGUUCGGAAAGCCUGCAGCCCCCACUGCCAGCGUUCCAGCAGGCUCCACCUUCGGGCCAGCCCAGGCUGCUCCCAGCACCACUGCUGGCUUUAGCAUCUUUAGGGGCACAAAUCUGACUUCUUCUACCCCACCAACCACCAGUCAGUCAACGCUGUCGUUUGGUUCCUCCACUGCUGCAUUUGGUGGUUCCUUUGGAACAGGUGCAAAACCGCCCCCUCCGUAUCCUGGUGCAGCUGGUCAGCCUGCAUUUGCCACUGGCACCCCGGAGAGCCAGCAGCCCUCCAGCAAACCUGCCGCUGGCCCCACAAGCUUUAGUACCCCCGCUUUCGGCUUUGGGGCCUCUGCAGCUCCCUCUGCGGCACAGCCGGCGUUUGGGAACAGCUCGCAGCCGGUUUUCGGAGGGACUAAUACCCAAGUUUCCUUUGGCACCAACAGCUCCCAGCCAGCUUUUGGAGGCACUACAUCAGUGUUCUCCUUUGGAACAGCCACCACUUCAACCGCGUCAAGUUUUGGCUCCAACACCCAGCCUACGAAGAGCGGUGCAGGUAGCAUGGUAUUUGGCGGAACCACCCCCUCUCCAUUCCCCUUUGGGGUGUCCAACCAGCAGAGCACAGGCACCAGUGCCUUUGCCAUGGGAGCGUCUGCCCUGAGCGGGGGCACCCCCUCCGUGGCAUUCAAUUUUGGGGCUGGACAGAACGGAUCGGCAAGCACAGCAACCCCCUUUGGUUCUUCCCUGACACAGAACCAGAGCGCGCCGUUCGCCUUCGCUGUGCCUGGCACUCCUGACAGCAAGCCUGUGUUUGGAGGAACUCCCACUCCCUCCUUCGGGCAGAGCACGCCUGCUCCAGGAGCAGGGCCUGUCGGGAGCAACAGCCUUUCCUUCGGGACCCCCAGCACUCCUGGGUCGGGCUUCGGAGGAGCCAGGCCUCCAUUUGGACCAUCAGCCCCUGCGUUUUCUAUCGGGGCAGGAUCCAAGACUGGGCCCCGUCAGCGGCUGCAGGCACGAAGGCAGCACCCCCGCAAAAAAUAACCUCUUGGGGCUUCUGUUGGAUCUUAGUUCUGGCCCAGCUGUGAAGAGCCCCAGCCCAGCCCCCUGAGCCGAGGGUAUCUGAGUUCUAAGUAACCCUUCUGACAAGGAGCCGGGGCCCUUGGGUCAGGCACUCGGUUCUGAAAUCGGCUGGAGACGCUUCUGGGUGGCGGCGACUCCGAUGCAGGACAGGAUAAACCAAACCCUUCGUACUUGAACAGUUCCACAGCUGAGACUGGAUGAACUCUGUACAUAUCAGCAGCGUCCCUUUCCUCCCGUAUUUCUCCAGGGCUCACAGUGUGUCAUUUCUCCAUGGCUUCAUCUAGCUGCUCCUGUGCUCUCCUGACCAUACUGACAGUUCAGCCUUGCCCAUCCCCCAUGGACCGAGUGUGUGGCGGGGGACGAGGGGAGGUGCCCACGGUGCCGGCUCAUAUGCACGUUCCCUGUCUGUGCCUAAAUGGAAACUCGUGUUCUGCUCCACCCCAUGCUGUGUCCCUGCGUUCCCCCGUGUAGCUUUGCUGUAAGUGAGGCUCUUCCCUCCAGGCAGCCGCGUUCCCAGUCUGCCUGGUGGCUGCUGGUCCUGGAAGGGGGGGUGUCUUCACUGGCUCCACAGGCCUUUCCCUGCACGGUGAUCUCAUGCCCUGGUAAAUGCACCUCUCCCCCUCCUCCUAAGGGACUCCAGCCUCUGGUUUGAACUGGCAGGUGCUGGCUUGCCAGAGGUCUGGCCUGGGCAAAUCUAGUAGGUGGGACUGGCCUGAGUCCCGGUGUGUUGGGGAGUAACUCUUGGUGCUCCAGACAGCCCAUCAUCCAGCUCCAGCUCUGCGCCUAAUGACCCGCUGUGAGCAAUCUGCCUCUCAAUGCUCCCACGCAGACCCUGCAACUCAGCGUCUCGCCUCUGCUGCGGGAACCCAGCCCAUGGCAGGGGUAACCAGCCUCUGCAGCCGGGAGAGCAGGAGGGUGGUGCCUUUGGUGCCCCAGCCAUGUUCUGACAGGCCCAGGCCCAGGCAUGAGCAGAACCCCUGCCCAGAGGAGGUGGGACGCUGCCCUCUCCCAUCGUGAUGCUCCUGUAGGCUUCCCUGCUUCUGUCCAAGCACUGUCUGGUCUGGUCUGAGUCUGUUUGUUCGCUCAUUGAAUCGAGCUUGGAGGAAGAAUUGAACCGUGUGAGUGGCGGCAUGUUGGUAAUGCCGGAUUUGCUGUGUAAAGAUUUUGCGGGGAGGCUGUCUCCUAGUGGGGGAUGCACCCUGCCUAAUUGGGUGUUGAGAGUAGCAUCAUUGUGUGGCUACUAGUGCUGAGUGAACUCGAUCUUAAAUGUGAUGACUGAAGGGAUGGCAGCCUGGGCCGUGGGGGGGUCACAGGGGCUGGAAGGGUUCCCUAGGUCCCAGGCUGGCAGCUCUUCUCUCCCUGUGUCAAACCCAGCUGGCUCUUGUCUGCCCAUGAGCAUGGUACCCAGCCAGGGGUCUGUCGCACACGCCCCCUCAGUGCCAGGCUUCCCUGGGGCUGCCCGAAGGCACCAAAGGGAGAGAGUCCCCAACUGACUCGCUUAGGACUCUGCUUCUUCCCCCUUUUUAAAACUUGCAAACUCCUCCUCCCCGAGCCUGGCUCCAGGGCCCGGGUGUGCUCAUUUCCAGCCAGCGGGGGGCGCUCGGAGGGGAGAGGGCCAGGGCUCCUAUUCCCUCUACUGCCCGCAGCCUCUGGGGAGCUCUCACUGGGAGGAGGAUGCCUUGUGUGCCUCGGGGAGAGGGGCCAACACCCCAAAGGCCUAGGCCCCUUUGACCCCCCCACCUUCCAAGAGUGACUCUGGCUGCCAGAUCUUUUUACUACUCAGAGGUGUGAGUGUGUGUCUGCCGAAUCCUAAAUUAACAGAUAUUUAAACAUUUUUUAAGAAAAUAAAAAUUUAUUUUUAUAUUUAAGCUAAAUUGCCUUUGAAUUCCUUCAAGCUUGGUUCACUGAGGUGGUCAAAAGUUCAAAGCUGUCGACUAGGAUUUAGCUGUGCAGUUUCCUCUGGGGAGGAGGAGGAAGUGGUCCCUUGUGGGCCUGGAACCCACCCCUGGCAGCCGGGGCAGGCUGGGCUAGCCAUGGGGCAGGAAGGGCUGGCCUGCUCUGCUCUGUCCGAGGGCUGCUUUCUCUCCCUGCUGGCAGGAGCUGCCGGGCUUCUCCUCCCUGACAGUCAAUGUUACAUUAAAUGUACUUAAUUCUUUUAUAAUGUGAUGUAUGUGGAUGUGACUAAACUUUUUUUAUUUUUCCUUGAGACUGAGACUUAGGAGCUCUUUGCAUUUCAGAGAGAGUUGGGAGGGGGGGAGGGGGGUAUUUUAUUCUAGCAGGAACAAUGAGCCUCUCCUGGCUGGGGAAGUGGGACAUGGGCGGAAAGUCUCUGGGCUCUAGCAGCUGGGAGGUGGCUUCCUUUAGGGUGGGGGUGUCCUGCCCUCACCCCUGCCCCUUUGGAGGGCUGGUUUUCCCCAGCCGUUCCUUAGGAUACCAAAGCAGCCGUGGCGGAGCUCUGCCCAGCCGUGUAAAUAGCACCGGCCGGGCCUUGCUGGAGUCUCAUUUCAGUCUGACUCUUUGCACAGGUUUGGGAAAUCAGGUGAAGGGGCUCGUACCUUAGAACUGAUCCCGAUCCCCUGCCCCCAGCAGAGCCGUCCUAGAGCACACGUCUGGGCCCACGUGCUGUUAAGCGCUGGUGUCGGGCCUGUGCUUUCUCAGCCUGCUGCUUGCGGGGGGGAGCGGGGGUUGUUCAGAGGCUCUGGAGCUUCCCAAAUCCCUUGGGAAUUGGGGCAGGUUGGCUCUGAUGCUGUGACUAAUCCGUGGCUGUUGGUUCGUGCCGGCCUCGUAAGCGAGUGUCUUUGCUCCCUGGCUUAGACCCGAGAAUUGCUUCUCCUCUCCAGUGUCAACCAGCAAGCAAAGCUCAGGUAGGUGUUGGUAGCUGCUAUGCACUCUGCUGGCAGGCCUGCUCCCACACUCCUGCGUUCCUUGGAGACAGGCCGGGAGGGAACUGCUCGUCUCAGCUGACUUUCCUCCACCACAAACCCAUUCUGCCCAGCCGCCCAUUUACCUUCAUUUGUGGCUGUGCUAGGCUAGAGGUGACGUACAAGGCAGAGGCCACGAAUUAGUUUUCUGGCCACGGGCCAUGCUGCAUUGGUGUGUAACUUACUGCAAUUCUAAUGCCCUGCAGCAGAAUAUGAGGAGGCCUCUUGCUCCUCAGACACAGCCGGGCUCCUGCCAGCUAAUUAAACUCUGUUGGGAGUAUAUUGCAUCUGAGGCCCCUGUUCAUACCAGUGCAGUGCAAGGCCUUUCUGAGCUGCUCUCCAGACUGCCUGGGUCAUCCCCAUCGGAGGUAGGUUGCUGGGGCUGGUGGAGGAGCCGAACAGAACGAGGGGGGGUUGAUCAUACACAUUUAUGGAACGAAUUAGCAGCAGCUCAAAAGAGCCCCUUGCAGAGGUUUCUGCCCUGAAACAAACCAUGUUCAUAAUCAGCCUUCAGGGCAUGGCGGUUUCCUUUUGAAGCCUCUUUCAGGCUAGUCCAGUGAAAGAACCAGGGUAGGACAAAGUAAUAGGGUCCAGGUACCACCACGGACCGAUGGACUGGUUCAGACACUUCCUGGAGUGUUACCCUGGGCUGAGCUUGUCUUUAACUCGUGUUGGUGCUCUAACCUGCCAAGCAACUCCGCAGCAGUAACGAGUCACUUUGCUGCACCUUGGUUGGCUUUGUGUUUCCUCGUUCUCUAAGCCAGUUCCACUGGCCUGAGUGUUCUCAGCUCCCACCGUUCUCUGCUGUGAUAGCAAAUACCAAAGCUGCCUAGUGUCCAGGCCGCAGCUCUAAAGGAGCCCAUCUGCGUGUUGCACAGAGACCUUCCGCUGCCCGGCUUCCUCCUUAGCUGGGUGAGAACUGUGCGCAUUGCAGACAUGAAUGUUGGGGGGAGGGUGGGGGUUUUAUUACAAAUGAAAACUUAGAUCAUUCCUGGUGCAGCUGGUGGGGAUUUUUAGUGUGAAUGUGCAGUUUUUCCUUGCUUAUGUCAUUGAUUUAAAAUAAAAACAAAAUUGUGCUCGA